AUGCCGACCAAGGUCACCACUGCCACUACCGCCACCGGUGCAGCCGCAGCGCCAUCCGCAAGGCCUCGUAGGACAGCUGCCGCCUCGAAAUUCUCCUCUUCCUCGGCCCCUCCUUCCUCGAGCGCGGCUACGGCUCCUUCGAGCGAGGCGGAUGCUCCGCCCUCGUCCUCGCGCUCCUCGGCGUCAGCGACGAGGACUCGAAAGGUGGCCACCAAAGCUUCCACCUCGGACGCACCGGCGUCAUCCUCGCGGACGACGACGACAUCAUCGACGAGAGCCAGGACGGCCGCUGCGUCCGUGACCUCCUCCGCCGCUUCCACGUCCAGACGGGCCCCUCCUCCCUCUUCGGCCCCUACAAUCAGCCGCAGCAGCAGCACUAGCGUCCGCGCACAGCCUUCCACCCGCAAUGCGUCGGCACCUGCACCUGCAUCCGCGUCCACCACCACCACCACCACCACCACCACCACCUCAUCCUCUUCCAAAGCUGCACCAUCAGCUCGGGUAGCGACCAGACCCGGCCGGCCCACCAAAGCAGGCGCUGCAGCGGCACCCCUUGCUGCCAAAGAGCAGCAGCAGCCUGAGCCUCCGCUCAACGACGAGCAGAUCUUGGCCCGCCUGGCCGAUGCAUUCCAGUGCACUCCUCGCCUGCUGCUGGCCAUCUGCGGCCACCUCGGAACCUCGCUCUCCGACCUUGGUCUGGGGCUGGGGCCGGAGCUGGACGCAAGGCCAGAGACGGGACCAGACCUCGCCCAGAUCAAGCCCCUCACUCCCGCCCGCGCAUCGUACUUUGCCAAGCAGAUCGUCAACGCCGUCCUCGGCACCACCACGGCGCUGACCGACGCUGGCUGGAAAUCGAGCGCCGAGAAGCAGACGACGACGUCCGCCACCUCUGCGAGGGCGGCAAGAGCUGGGAGCUCAGUCGCUCGGACCACCACCAGUGGUAGCGCUGCCGCUCGUGUCGGCCGCACUGCAGCCGUCGCCGCGUCGACAAGCAGCGGGCCCACGCCGUCGUGUGUCAAAGCCCUCGUCGACGCCUUCCGCAUCGCAACCCGCUUCCUCCUCCGCGACUCCGUCUCGCCCAGAGCCGCGACGGCCAAGGGCAAGGAGCUCGAGGUGGAGACCGUCAUGCUGCGCUACGUGGGCAAGCUCGUCGCUCUCGACCUUCGCGACGUUGCAGCCGAGGAGCUCGUCCAUCUGCGGAGCCACGUCUUUGCAGAGGACGCCCUUGAUCCUGGCUCUGGUAGCACGGCCGGCGAACAACUCGACUCGGCAGCCCGGCUGUCCGAUCGUCAGCUCAGCAUCGGUAAGGCGUCAUUCUUCGUCGAACUGCAGAGCCAGGUCGUCCACUGCUACCUCGAAACGCUGCACACCGACGAGCAGCUGCUAGCGGCGGUGAGGCUCCUCGAGCACCCCGACGGAGCUCUUGCCUGGCAGAGACGGCUACGGAUAGCCUCGCCCUCGAACGUCAAGGCGGCAGACCGAGCCGCCUACCUGGUAGAACGCUGCAUUGCACGAUGCCUGCAGCGGCUGGGCGGCCAGACCGGCAUCCGCAGCCUGCCCCUUCGUGGCGUGGCCCUGCAGGUGCUCCUGACGAUCAGCGACAUCGACGCCGCAGCCUUCUGGGAUCGCGUCGCACGGACCGGGACCAGCUGCGUGCGCAGCGAGGUCGCAGAGGGAGGCGACGCUCGAGCGGCGUUUGCGGCGGUCCAGCAGGUGUUCCAGGACCUUGUCGAAGCGGCACGGCAACGGAGCGGAGAGUUUUGCGCAGGCGAGGGCUUCGUCCGCUUCUGCGAGAACUGGCUCGCCUUGGCCAAGAAGGUCGGGAGCGCCGAUGGCAUCGAUCUAGCAACCAAUGCGAUGACCGCCGGCGAUGCUGGUUCAGCGGCCUCAGCUUCCGCGCCUCCUUGCUCAGACGAGCCUUCAUCUCGCGACGGGGAUGCAAGGUCCCUGCUGUCGGACGACGCCCUCAUCCGGCUAUCCGGCAAGCUGACCAAGGCCGUCGUCACUUUGGACCAGGCACUGAAAGGCGACGUCGACGAUGGCUCCACCGAUCAGACUCUUUCGGAGGCGACGGCCGCGCUGCACGCCAUCAGCGGCUGGCCAUCGACCGAUCGACCCUCGGGCCUGGCCAAGCUGCACCGCCUGCUCGAUCAGGUACGGAGAAGGGCUCUAGCAGCGGUCGACAGCGGCGUGAAAGCAAAAGCAGCAGCAGCAGCAGCGGCUCGACCGUCCACGCCCGACGGCAGGGACGCAUCGCCGGGAGCCACGCCUUCAGAUCUGGCUGCUGCAGCGCUGCAACUGCUCGAGGCGGUGCUGCAACUGCAGUGCGCGGCGCUGCACCACGGCCUCGACAUUGAAGGGCAAGAUUCUCAAGACGCACCAGCAGAGACGAUGCCAACGCCGCUCGACCAGCUGACCAACCUCGUCUACACGUUCCGCUUCCUCGCCAACGCCCGCUUCCAAACGGCCUCCCGGCCGCGCCAGCAAGAAUGCUACGCGUACCUCUCGCGAUGCUCGGACCUCGUCGAGGCGGCCGCGACGAGAGCGGCGCUGCCCGCCGACGUUCGCAGCCAGAACUUGUCCCUGCUCUCGUGCAGCUUCUACAACCUCGGCGGACGGCUGUACGCGGAUCGGCAGUACGACGCUGCCGUCCGCUUUCUCGAGCCGGCAUGCCGCACUGGCGCCGACUCUGUGCGGCUCUGUCGCGACUGGCAAGGCACUCGAAUGGACGAGGAUGCAGGCGACGACGAGCAAGGCAAGGACGGCCCCGCCUCCGGCUCCAUCAUCUCCCCCGCCGAGGCCGAAAAGCGACAGGAGGGCAUGAGCAAAAAGUGGGAGCACCUUGCGGUCGCCUACCGGCUCGGCUCGAACAAGCCCAAGGCGGUCGGGGCCUACCGCGAGGCCAUCUUCGCGCUGCCGCUCAGCGCCUGGCAGCGGCUCGAGGACGACGCGUCGCGAUCGAGCGCGUUCGCCGUCUUUCGGCAUGCCGACUGGUCCUCCUUGGCCGUACUCCUCAAGGCGGCGAUCGAGCUCUGCGUGUUUGACCUGUUCAAGCCGCAGGCGGCAGCGGCCACGCAAGACGAGGCGGAUUCGAGCAUUGCCGCCUGGAUGGUGGGCUUCCGCGACCGUCCCAAGGCGGCCGCGCUGAUGCUCGAGCACUGCGUUGCCGCCCUCGAGCCGCGCUACCACCACGAAGAGGCGGCGGCGGCUGCCGUCCAGCUCCUCGACGCUGCUAAGAGCAUCUAUCGCGACCAGCAGACCCCGAUCCGGAGGGCGAGGGUGGUGCUCAAGCAGGCCGAGAUGGAGCUAUUCGCUGCGUCCCAGGGCCUCUCCAUGGACCAGAUCGAGGCUCUGCUCGAGGAUGCACACACUGCCCUGUCUUCAAACGAUCUGGCUGCAGACUCGGGUCUGACUCGCUUUCUGCCCCAGUACCGGGCCACCGUGGCGCUUUUCCGCGUCGAGCUCGAGCAGAGGAGAUCGACGGCGAGCUCGUGCGCCAGCAUCGCCGAGCAUGUCCAGCAGGCCUGCAAGCACCUGACACCGCUGGUGGCAGCCGCCAACCCGGCUGCUUCGCCGAGGUCCUCGAUGUCGACGCGACCGUCCCCCGGCGUUGUCAGGGCCCAUGUCGCCAGCACGGCCGCCAGGACCAACGCCACGCGGCCAACGCCGUCCAACAGGAUCCUCAAGCCACGCAACGCCCCGCCGCAGUCUAGGGGGACUGCAGCAGCAGCAGCGGCAGCAGCAGCGGCGAUGCCCGUGACGCCGCCGCCAAAGACACUGAAGCCAGCUUCCGGCGGCAAGGGGAGCACCUCGUCGGUCUCGCCCGCGCUGCCGUCAUCCGCACGCUCUCCGGCUUCGGAUGCCCGGACCAGCAUCCUGGACCACCCAGAGCGCUUCUGCAGCCACCUCGAGCACGUCUACGAGCUACUGGCCACCUACGGCCACACGCCCUCGAGCAUCGAGGUGGCCAAAGUGCUGCGGAGGCUGAGCCAGGUCGCGCUCGACGCCUCGGUCGGCCGCGACGUCUACCUGCGGGUGUCGGCGUCGCUGGCCAAGCAGUACCUCCAACUCGGCAAGCUGCCGCGGGCGGGGACCGUGCUGAGCCAGGCGCUGGCCUUUUUCAACAGCGGCGCCGGCAGCGGCGGUCUCAAGCUCGACUCGAGUCGCGACGCCGUCUCCAACGACACCAAGUUUCGCUGCCUGAUGGUGAGCGCCGAGUACCUGAGCCGCACGGGCCUCUACGAGAAGAGCAUGCAGCGGUUCGAGGAGGCGAUCGACGUCGUCCGCCGCGACGCCGACGCGGCCAAGGCGGGAUCGAGCAUGCAGGUGGCGCUGGAAAAGUGCCGGGCGGCCGAGCGGCGCGCGAUUGCGGCCGAGGUGCACUCGACGAUCCUGUGCAGCUGCGGCGACCUGGCCGGCGCCAUCCAGUCGGCGGUCCAGGCGGUCCGGUACGGCGCCCGUAUGACGACGUUGCUCGGCAGGCUGACGGCGCCGCCCUCGACACGCAGCGGCGGAGACAGGGACCGGCGGCAGCGCGACAUCUUUGCCGCGCCCACCUCUGACAUCCACCCCGAACCUGUCGCCGUUGCAAAGGGCGCCGGCGAGGGCGAGGGCGAGGCGGGCAAGGCCAAACAGGAACGGCCACAGCCGCGUUUGAGCUCGUUCACGGUCGCUGCCAUGCACUGGCGGCUAUCGAGGCUCCUGGUGCAGGCCUAUCUGCGCGUCAGCCAGCUCUACAGCGUGCGCGGCUCCGGCUCCGAUGCCGAGGCUUUUGCCGGCGACGGCAUCGAGCUGGCCGAUGCCACGUCGUCGUCGAUGUCUCUGGCGCGCGCCCUGAUCCAGCGCGGCGAGAUCCGGCUGCAGCUGGGCCAGGUCGCCCAGGGCCAGGUCGACCUGUCGCGCAGCCUGGCCCUGCUGCAGGAGAACUGGAUCCCCGAGGCCAUUGUGCUCACCUGCAUCCAGGGCGACUCGCUCGCCCGCAUCGAGCAGCUGCCCGAGGCGCUCAAGUCGUAUGCGGCCGGGGAGACGACGCUGCGCUCCCUCAACGCCGCCUUCACCGAGCUCGUAAUAACUUCCGGCGGCAACGCCGACGCCCUGCUGCCCGAGGUCCAGAGCCGGCUUCUGCGUCGGCAGGCGUGGAUCCUGCAGCUCCUCGGCCGCAACGACGAGAGCGAGGACCUCUUCGAGAAGGCGCUGGCCGUCUACGGCGGUGGCGAGUCGCACGUCAGCAUCGAGGCGCGCUUCGACCACUUCCUGGUCCAGGGGCGCGUGUCGCUCCGCCGCGCCCUGCAGCAGCUCAAGUCGGACCGCCUGCUGAGCAUGCUGCCGGACGCGGCCAUCUCGAUGCCGAUGGUGUCGUCGUCGGCCAGCAGCAAGGCGCUCUCGGUGUGCGCGGCGGGCGCCAAUGCCGCGUCGGCGGGCGCCAUCAAGAGCGCCAUGGGCCUGCUCCUCUCGGCCGACUCGGCGUUCAGCGAUGCGCUGUCGCAGGGCGGCGCAUCGUCGCACGCCCUGUCGGUGAGGGAGGCGUUUGUCUCGCUCGCCCAGGUGCAGACGAUGCAGGGCACGCUGGGCAAGGGGUGCAAGGGCGCCGCCGAGGGCGCCGCCGUCCUGGUCGACUCGGCGCUCAGCGUCAACGUCCGCCGCGACCUGGUCCACGCCAUCGAACACAAGCUCAGGGACCAGUCGUCGGCCCUGCAGGAUCUCAAUGCCUGGCCCAGCUUCGUCGCUCACGGCGACGACGACCGAGGAGAUGCCGCCUCCUCCUCUGACUGCGGCAGCGAUGCCGCCGACGACGACGACGACGGCACGGUCCUGCUCGGCAAGAGGAUGGCGAGGCUCGGCCUGAGCAGCAGCGAGCCCGACCCCAUCAAGGCUUCGUCGUCGUCGUCGUCGGCGGCGGUCGGCAGCCUCCCGGACUACUGGAAGCUGAUCCGCGGUCGCCACAUGGCGUCGCAGAGCGCCACGAGCCGCGGCACGCCGGACCUUCUUCCGCGCAACUGGACGGUCCUGACGCUCACCUACCUCAAGGACCGGGAGACGCUGCUGCUGACGCGUCAGACGGGCGGCGGCGGCGCCGACGGGUGCGAGGCCAACGAGCCGACCAUCUACUCGCUGCCGCUGGAUCGCCAGAGCAACCGCGAGAUGGACGACGAGGGCGAGCUGACGAUGCGGGCGGCCCAGGAGCGGCUCGAGCAGAUUGUGCGGCGCAGCAACGACGGCAUCCACGGCGCCAAGGACGUCGACGGCAUGGAGGCGCGCAAGCGGUGGUGGACGGCGCGCCGUUCGCUCGACCGGGAGCUCGAGGAGCUGCUGGCCGAGAUGCAAAACACGUGGCUCGGCGCCUUCAAGGGCGUGUUUGCGGACCCGGUGCGCGACGGCGCGGCGCUGGCGUCGCUGCGCAGCCGGUUCGACAAGAUCAUUAAGCGCGCGUGCUUCCCGCCGACGACGGCGCACAAGAAGACGUCGCGGCUCAAGCUGGACGACGCCGUCUUCGAGUGCUUCGCCGGCUUCCCCGCCGACUGCACCGACGAGGACUUUGAGGACCUGCUGCACUAUGUCAUGGACGCGCUCCAGUUUAGCGGGCUCCAGGUGGCCGUCGACGAGGUCGACCUCGACGAGGUGGCCAUCGACCUGCGCAACGCCCUCGAGGAGUUCCGUGGCAAGCAGGCCAAGGCCGCCGGCACCCCGGCCCGCCGGAUGCCGCUGGCGCAUGGCCUGCUCGACGAUGGCAGCGACGACGAAGGCAACGGCGGCGGCUACAGCGGUGGCUAUGGUCAUGGGUCCGAGGGAGCCGAGACGGAUCACCACCUCUUCCUCGUCCUCGACAAGGAGACGGCCGUCUUUCCGUGGGAGUCGAUGCCGAUCCUCCGCGGCAGGGCCGUCAGCCGCAUCCCGUCGAUGGCCUUUCUCCAGGAUCGCAUCGACCUGGCCCGCGUCUACCACCAUCUGCCAGGCGAGGGUGACGGUCCAAUCCUCAAGGCAGGCCCCGCCAAGACCGCAGCGAAUGGGCACCCCAGAUCCAGGGCCAGGUCCAAGAGCACCAAGGGCGGCGAUGCCGCCUCUGCCGCUGCCGCCGCCUCUGCCGCCGCCGCCGAGCAGCAGGAGGCGUCGUGGAAAGUGGCGCUGCGCAACGGCCGGCUAUUCAACCUGUCCAAGCGGCGGACGUCGUACCUGCUCAACCCGGGCGGCGACCUUGUGCGGACGCAGGAGCGGUUCGAGCCGUGGCUCAAGGCGCGCGCCUCUCGGGGCUGGGGCGGCGUCGUGGGCCGCGAGCCUGUGCUCGACGAGCUGCCGCGGCUGCUGUCGACGUCGGACCUGCUCCUCUACUUUGGGCACGCGGGCGCCGAGCAGUACAUCCGGCGGUCCAAGGUGCGCGAGCUGGAGCGGUGCGCCGUGACGAUGCUGUUUGGCUGCUCGUCGGCGCUGCUGCGCGACCACGGCGACUUUGACCGGACGGGGACGCCGUUCAACUACAUGUGCGCCGGUUCGCCGGCCAUGGUUGGCAACCUGUGGGACACGACGGACCGCGAGCUCGACUCGGUGUGCGAGGGCAUCCUGACCAAGCUGGGCCUAAUGGACGAGGGCGAGCGCGAGGCGUCUUCGUCGUCGUCGUCGUCGUCGUCGUCGUCGAGGAGCGCCAAGCCCAGCGGCGGGGGCAAGGCGAGUCGAGGGCCAAAGGAGAUGUCGGUGGUGCGCGCCGUGGCCGAGUCGAGGGACGAGUGCAAGCUGAGCUUCCUGACGGGCGCCGCGUGCGUCGUCUACGGCGUGCCCGUCUACUGGGCCCACGAGGAUGAGUAG